AUGGAUAACGUUCAGGUUGCUAUGUUUUCAACAAACUAUACAAACAUCAACCCUGCUGAAAUGACCGUUGAUGCAGCCUACGCGGUGGUUGAGACUACUGGUGUAUUCCCAAUCGGAGAAACUGUAAUUGAAUACAUCUUUGUCGACUCUGCCUCGCCAACAUCAAAUGAAGCUACAUGCUAUAUUACAUUACAAAUUGAAGAUGAAGAAAACCCCGAAAUUGUAGUUUGUCCAAUGGAUAUAACAGUUAACACUACCAGCGGACAACCGGUUGCUGUUAACGUUACAUGGACAGAACCGACUGCUACUGAUAAUUCUAAACAAACACCAGAACCAGAGUCAGACUACACCUCAGGUGACAAUAUGUUUCUGAUUGGUCACACAACAGUGCAGUACAAUGUAUCAGAUUCAAGUGGUAACUUCAAUGAUAGGUGUAAUUUUACGGUUAAUGUUGAAGACAAAGAGCUACCAGCUCCUAGUUGUCCAUCACUAGUUACUGGUAUUACUGAUGAGGGAAAACCAAAUGGCACCGUAAACUACAAUAUUACCGUAAUGGAUAACGUUCAGGUUGCUAUGUUUUCAACAAACUAUACAAACAUCAACCCUGCUGAAAUGACCAUUGAUGCAGCCUACGCGGUGGUUGAGACUACUGGUGUAUUCCCAAUCGGAGAAACUGUAAUUGAAUACAUCUUUGUCGACUCUGCCUCGCCAGCAUCAAAUGAAGCUACAUGCUAUAUUACAUUACAAAUUGAAGAUGAAGAAAUGCCCGAAAUUGUAGAUUGUCCAAAGGAUAUAACAGUUAACACUACCAGCGGACAACCGGUUGCUGUUAACGUUACAUGGACAGAACCGACUGCUACUGAUAACUCUAAACAAACACCAGAACCAGAGUCAGACUACACCUCAGUGCAGUACAAUGUAUCAGAUUCAAGUGGUAACUUCAAUGAUAGGUGUAAUUUUACGGUUACUGUUGAAGACAAAGAACUACCCGUUCCUAGUUGUCCAUCACUUGUUACUGGUGUUACCGAUGAGGGAAAACCAAAUGGCACCGUAAACUACAAUAUUACCGUUAUGGAUAACGUUCAGGUUGCUAUGUUUUCAACAAACUAUACAAACAUCGACCCUGCUGCAAUGACCAUUGAUGCAGCUCACGCUGUGGUUGAGACUACUGGUGUAUUCCCAAUCGGACAAACUGUAAUUGAAUACAUCUUUGUCGACUCUGCGUCGCCAACAUCAAAUGAAGCUACAUGCUAUAUUACAUUACAAAUUGAAGAUGAAGAAAAGCCCGAAAUUUUAGAUUGUCCAAUGGAUAUAACAGUUAACACUACCAGCGGACAACCAGUUGCUGUUAAUGUUACAUGGACAGAACCGACUGCUACUGAUAACUCUAAACAAACACCAGAACCAGAGUCAGACUACACCUCAGGUGACAAUAUGUUUCUGAUUGGUCACACAACAGUGCAGUACAAUGUAUCAGAUUCAAGUGGUAACUUCAAUGAUAGGUGUAAUUUUACGGUUACUGUUGAAGGUACUACAAUGAACUACCCGUUCCUAGUUGUCCAUCACUAG